CUUUGAAGAAAUACGAGCUCAGAAUAAAUUGAUUGAUUAAUGCACUGAUGAAAUUUCACUUCAUUAUACAAUUUUAAAUAUACCGCGUGUCAAUUACCCUUCUGAAAUUAUCAAUAGUUGACAGUUGUCUUACUCGUGCCGCACUAAAAAUAGAUUGAAAAAUAAGUUUACUGAACAAUGACUGCGGUAUGAUAAAUUAGAAAACUCUCAAAUGAGUAUAUUUAGUCAACUGUGUCUUCCAUUAUAUGCAUAGAAGCUCUAACACAAACACUGUGUGUGCCCUGAAUACUGUUGAGAUAAUUAUGGUUAUAAAAUUAUGGUGAAUGCCCUGAAUACUGUUGAGAUAAUUAUGGUUAUAAAAUUAUGGUGAAAAAUUGUUUAUACUAGCAAAGUUAUCUAGAUAUAACUAGAAAAUCGCGAACAUCAAAGAAAUUGAACAGGACGAUAAUCUGUUCCUUGGAUUUUUGAAGCCAAUAAGCUCCAAUUUUAUAUUUAAAUGAUGGUUAAGUUUUUUUUGUGUAGUUUAGCGACUGAACGUUACUCGAAAUUUUAUUCCUAGAAUUGAAGUAGUUGCAUAGAAUAAAAUAAUGCCGAGAAAAGAAGUAAUAAUGCAGAGGAAGGAAAGCCCUUCAUACUAUUCGUCAUGCAAGCCAAUGGACAAAAAAAGCGCCCUGGUCGUGUAUUGCCUGCAAAUUAUUCAGCGAAUUAUUCUUCUUGACGCCUUCAUUGUUGGCAGCUCGUUGACGUUGGCGUCAUCUCCAUUUCCACGUACGAUAUUACAGUACAAAUCUGGGUCGUCUUUUUCCUCGCCGUCACCACAGCCACCCGACGGCACUCAAGCAGAUUCGUCGCCAAUAUUUACGAGAUUUGCAUUCGAGCCCGAGGUCUCAUCCACUGAACAGCAAUCUCGAGCGCCUGUCGAAAUAGAGAUGAGCUUCUUAGAACCUCCGCGAGCUUUGGCACUCGCUCAACAUAGAGGGACUCCUUCAAACUUCCCUCAUCCUUACGAAGGAGAGGAGGGGAAAUAUCCUCUUUACCCUCACGUCGGCACCUUGGGACCGUAUGACAACAAUUGGUUUCCGGAAGAUUAUAGGAAUAGUCGUCGCAAUAUAGAUCGGUCCUCGACGGGCAGCCCGGGCGUGGAGAUCGUGUCGCUGGGCAUGCCGGCGCUGGUGCGGGUUGGUGACAACAUUAACCUUACGUGCGACUUCCGACUGCUGGGGGAAGGCCAAAGGAUCUACACUGUAAACUGGUGGCGAGACAAGGAUCAGUUCUACACAUACAACACAGAGAAACACAACAAUAAGAGCGUCUAUCACUUCAACGGCAUCAAAGUUGACGAGUGGCGGUCAACGGAGCGGUCGGUGGUGCUGCUGAACGUCUCCCAGGCGACGAGCGGCGCCUACAAGUGCGAGGUGAUGACGGAGGCCCCGGCCUUCAAGACGGCCGUCAUGUACAAAAACAUGACAGUUGUAGUUCCACCAGCAAGCAUCAGCAUCUACCCUCAGCUACCAGCGCCCGCGCUGUACAAACCUGGUGAGACCAUCCAAAGGUUCUGCACUGCUACAGACUCCAGCCCGCGCACCGAUCUGCAAUGGCAUAUCAAUGAUAUACCGGCGACAUCGGAGGAGCAGACGGAUUACCCAGACCGCGUUAACGACGAUGGUAGGAUCAGCACCCGCUCCAGCGUCGAGCUCGUAGCGCCGGUGCGUUUCAGCGCAGGCCGGGCGCGCGUCUCGUGCUUGGCGUCUCUCAACGGCCAGCUGCUGUCCAACUUGUCAGAGACGCUCUACGCCGACGAGAUGCUUCCUGUUCCUUAUAACGCCUAUGCUGUUAGCCAAGAGUAG